AUUCACGAAAACCCAAUAUAUUUAGAUCCAUUGACGAAACGCGUUAACGUUACGAUGAGUGAAGACUUGGUACCAUUGUCACCGAUCAGUUUCCUAGAAGGGGCAGCCACUAACUACGGUGAUAAGAUCUCCAUCAUCUACCAUCAUAAUGUGAGAUUUUCAUGGAGACAAACCCAUGAAAGAUGCGUAAAGCUUGCUUCGGCUUUGGUUAACUUAGGGAUUUCUCACAACGAUAUGGUUACAGCAUUGGCACCAAAUAUUCCAGCACUGUACGAGCUUCAUUUUGGUGUUCCUAUGGCAGGGGGUGUUCUUUCUGCUCUCAAUACCCAAUUGGAUGUAACAACAUUGGCUCUACUUUUGGAACAACUAGAGCCAUGCAAAAUCAUGUUUGUGGAUUACCAAUUAAUUGAUUCUGCUCUCAAAGCAUGUGAAAUUCUCUCCCACAGAAAAUGCAAGCCACCCAUCAUUGUCCUAAUACCAAAUUAUGACCAAGAACAAUCUUUCUUAGCGAAGAAUAUCCCACCAGGUACCUUAAACUACAAUGAACUAAUUGCAAUUGGAAAAAAAGAUUUUGAGGCUUUAAAACCAAACAAUGAAUGCAAUCCCAUAUCAGUGAACUACACAUCAGGCUCCACGGGGAUUCUUCCAAAAGGGGUUGUUUAUAGUCAUAGAAGUGCUUAUCUCAAUUCACUAGCAGCAAUUGCUCGUUUUGAGAUGAAACAAUUGCCAGUGUUCCUAUGGACAGUUGACAUGUUUCGUUGCAAUGGAUGGUGCUUCCCUUGGGCAAUGUCUGCUAUUGGUGGCACCAACAUUUGCCUAAGGAAUGUCUCAGCAAAAGGCAUAUAUGAUGCAAUUUAUCUUUAUAAGGUGACACAGUUUUGUGGUGCACCUACCCUUCUGGACAUGAUUGCAAAUGCAUCACCUAGUGACCAGAGGCCUCUGCCUCAUAGGGUGAAUGUCACAGUUGCUGGUGUGUUACCACCUUUUCAUGUUCUUAACAAGGUGUCACAACUUGGAUUUGAUGUGAACAUUGGAUAUGGCAUGACAGAGACUUUAGGUCCUGUGAUUGUAAGACCAUGGAACCCCAAUUCGGAUGGCGAACACACAAAGCUGAAUUAUGGUGUUUCGGAGUUUAGGCAAGAUGUUGAUGUGAAGGAUCCUGAAACUGGUGAAAGUACUCCUCAUGAUGGGAAAACCAUAGGUGAAAUCAUGUUCAAAGGGAAUGCUUUGAUGCUGGGGUACCUUAAGAAUUCACAAGCAAAUGAUAAGGCUUUUAGGGGUGGAUGGUAUAGGACUGGAGACCUUGCUGUUAGAGAACCAAAUGGUUCUAUAACUAUGAAGGAUAGAGCAAAGGAUGUUAUAUAUUCUAAGGGAGAGGUUGUGAGUUCACUAGAGGUGGAAGCAGUGUUGUUGAAUCAUCCAAAGGUUUUGAAAGCUGCUGUUGUUGGGAGAUGUGAUGAAUGCUUGGUGGAAUCUCUAUGUGCAAUUGUCAAAUUGAAAGAUGGAUGUAGUGCCACUGUUGAAGAAAUUAUCAAGUUCUGUGAAGAUCAUUUGGCUACUCACAUGAUUCCUAGUACCGUGGUAUUUGGAGAUUUACCUGUUAAUUCAACUGGGAAGGUUCAGAAAUUUCGCAUCAGGGAGAAGAUCAAAGGCAGUGAGUGGUAUGACUCAAAGAAUUAGGUUGUGCUUUGUAGGAUUUUAUAAAUAAAGAUGUGAAUGAAAAUUUGCAAAUGUAAUCAUCUAUUAAUCUUGAACUCAUUUGUUACUUUAUUCUAAACGCAUGACUUUCCCGAAGACA